AUGUCGCCUCAAAAGGCCUGCACCCCAAAACCUGUCACUCUGGUUUCAUUCGGCCCAGUGUCUGAUCGCCCUUCCUGUCACUCAAGACCUGAGGGGGCGGGGCCUGGAGCUCCAUCCAGUCAGCGGCGCCAGCGUGAGAACUGUCCAAUCAGGCGUGCAGCCAGAGAGGAAGGGGCGGCCCUGGGGAUCUGGCGGGGCCUUUGUCUCCUUGCGGCCAACGGGGUGCUGGGCUCGCGUUUGCUGCCUCACGGAGAUCCCCGUGACCGCUGCAGGCCCUGUCGCCCUGUGGCCUGCAGGUACUGCGAGAUUUAUAGGGAGGCCGGCGGGACACCCAAAAGCUGGGAAAUGGGACUAUUGGCAUUCAGGGAUGUGGCUCUAGAAUUCUCUCCAGAGGAGUGGGAAUGCCUGGACCCUGCCCAGCGGAAUUUGUACAGGGAUGUGAUGUUAGAGAACUACAGAAUCCUGUUCUCCCUUGGUGAGGAUCACUUCAAUAUGCAAUUCGUAUUUCACCAUAAGGAUUUCAUCUUUUUCCGUCUUGCUAUGUCUAAGCCAGAACUGAUCAUCUAUCUGGAGGCAAGGAAAGAGCCCUGGAAUGUGAACACAGAGAAGACAGCCAAACACUCAGCUUUGUCUUCUUAUCUUACUGAAGACAUUUUGCCAGAGCAGGGUCUGCAAAUUUCAUUCCAAAAAGUGAUGCUGAGAAGAUAUGAAAGAUGUUGUCUUGAGAAAUUACGCUUAAGGAAUGACUGGGAAAUUGUGGGUGAGUGGAAAGGGCAGAAGGCAAGUUAUAAUGGACUUGACUUAUGCUCAGCAACUACUCAUAACAAAAACUUUCAAUGCAAUAAAUGUGUGAAAGGUUUUAGUAAAUUUGCAAAUCUAAAUAAACAUAAGAUAAGCCAUACUGGAGAAAAACCAUUCAAAUGCAAAGAAUGUGGCAAUGUCUCUUGCAUGUCUUUAAUAACAACUCAACAGCAGAGAACCCAUAUUGGAGAGAACCCCUACCAACGUAAAAAAGGUAGCAAAGCCUUUAAUGAGCGCUCAUACUUUACUGACUAUAAGAGAAUUCGUGUUGGAGAGCAGCAUUGCAGAUGUGAAGAAUGUAAUAACGUCUUUAAGUCUUGCUCAAGUCUUGCUAUUAUUGAGAAAAUUCAUACUGAAAAGAAAACCUACAAAUGUGAAGAAUGUGGCAAAGCUUUUAACCUGUGCUCAAUUCUUACUAAACAUAAGAAAAUUCAUACUGGAGAGAAACCAUACAAAUGUGAAGAAUGUGGCAAAUCCUUUAAGUUGUUCCCAUACCUUACUCAACACAAGAGAAUUCAUAGUGGAGAGAAACCCUACAAGUGUGAAGAAUGUGGCAAAGUCUUUAAAUUGUUGUCAUACCUUACUCAACAUAAAAGAAUUCAUACUGGAGAGAAAACCUUCCAAUGUGAAGAAUGUGGAAAAGCCUUUAACCAGAGCUCACAUCUGACUGAACAUAGGAGAAUUCAUACUGGUGAGAAACCAUACAAAUGUCAGGAAUGUGGCAAAGCUUUUACUUGGUUCUCGUACCUUAUUCAGCAUAAGAGAAUUCAUACUGGGCAGAAACCCUACAUAUGUGAGGAAUGUGGCAAAGCUUUUACCUGGUUCUCCUACCUUAAUCAACAUAAGAGAAUUCAUACUGGAGAGAAACCAUACAAAUGUGAUGAAUGCGGCAAAGCUUUUAACUGGUUUUCAUAUCUUACUAAUCAUAAGAGAAUUCAUACUGGAGAGAAACCAUACAAAUGUGAAGAAUGUGGCAAAGCCUUUGGCCAGAGCUCACACCUUUCUAAACAUAAGACAAUUCAUACCAGAGAGAAACCAUACAAGUGUGAGGAAUGUGGCACAGCCUUUAACCACUCUGCACAACUUGCCGUACAUGAGAAAAUUCACACCUGA